UUUGUUUUUCGCACAAUAUUUUUUGUUUUGCUUGUUUUGUUGUGGCAAAAUGUUGCUCGUGAAAUUGUUUUUUAUGGUAUUAUUUACCGAGAACAUAUAAGAAAUUUCAGUUUAACAUUUUCAUACCCAAGUUGUGGGGAUUAACUAUUACGAUAAAUACAAGGACAUCGUAUAACGAAAAAAAUUCAUAGCUAUCAGUCUGCGCAGGCGUUUAACAAAUGAAUUUGAUUACCUGCGAACUGCAAUAGGCUUGGAAUGUUUAAUUUUCAAUAUAUUAGUAGUAAUGGCGUCAACGAAUAACAUUUCUACCCUUUUGGAAUGGAUGAAGUACACUCACAGUCGGUGCAUACUAAAAAGCACUUUGCCACAAUGCAUGGAAACGGAGGCAGAUGGUACCUUCGGGGAUGAGGUUGAUACUGAAGCAAGCAAGCGGAUGAAUGAAACAAUUUCGUACUUAGAGAUAGGCAUGACAGUUAUUUCCAUAUUAAUACGCGCAAUUGCUGUGUUACUUAAUAUCAAAUUGGCUGUGGACUAUUAUCAGCAAGGAGAACAAAGUUAUUGCAUUUGGACAGUGGUAUGCAUGGUGGUGCCAAUGUGUGUCACUGCGCUAAUAUAUGCUACAAUGUGUUAUCAAGAUAAAAAAUUUGACGGCGGAUUCAAGAAGGCAACGAAAACGGCAUUACUGGUUAUAGUGGCUUCACUUUUUCUUAGAUACUGGAAUACGCUUAUUUAUUCCUUAAAAUGUAAACGUGCGGAACUGCAAGGAGAUCGAGAUGAGCAAUCAGAUUAUUACAAUCGCACUACGAAAGAAGAAAGCGACAUUGCUUUGAUUCGUUUGUUUGAGUGUUUCAUGGAAACGGCUCCACAAAAAAUAUUGCAAAUAUCAAUAAUACUAAUGCAAGAAAAUCAAAUCACAGCUACACAAAUACUUAGUGUGCUGCUUUAUCUUUCGAGCGUACCAUGGACGUUAUUCAGUUAUAAUCGAUGCAUACGUGCCGCGCAACCAAAUAAAAACAAGUUAAGCUAUUGGAAUAUGGCGCCACAUCUCUGUUGGCACUUUUGUAUUUCACUAUCGCGCAUCUUUUGUAUGGCUUUUGUGGCUGUGCUUUUUCCCGUCUGGACAAUAGUUGCUUGCGUUCUGCACGCCGUCAUAUUGGGAUUCGUCACAUACAUAGUGGAACGUCCGGAAUUCACCAGCAUUAUUUCUAUUAAUAAUUUUCUCUUUUGCAUCGCAUUAGGUUUCAUUUACAUAUUCAUUUACAUUCCAGUCAAGGAGGCACCAACGAGAUACAAAUAUGCGUUGUACUAUCUAAUUUGUUCGAUAGAAAAUAUCAUAUGUGUGGGCUUAUUCAUAUAUUAUCCACCAAAUAAUCUUUUAGAAUCUAUUAGUCUUUUCUACACAAUUUGUGUUUUGGCCAUUGUCUUUUAUUACGUCGGCAUUUGUUGUAUGCUCAUUUACUACGUAAAUUAUCAUCCAAAUGUAAAUACAAAAAGAAACAAAAAUACCAAUGGUUGAAAUAUUUAGUUGCAAAUGAGCAUUUAUAAAUAUAAUCAAGUAUUAAAGUACAUUCUCAAAUAUAUUUACAUAUAAGUAUAUAGUAAGUUGACAAAAGCUUUAUUAUGAAGAAAAAAUCUCUCCAACUGAUAUUCUACUUGCAUCUACCGGUUAAUGACAAUUUAUUCAUAAAGAGUUUAAUAAAAUAAAAAAAAAUAUAUUUAUAUAAAUUAAAAUAAGACUUUUGUAAAGAAAAUUAUGUUUGCUCGCAUGCAUAUAUUAAUUUAAAAAAAUAGAAAUUUUCAUUAUCUUCGUAUACAUUAGUAUAUUCUGAAUUAUUUCCAUAUAUUUAUACCGCAAAAUUUGAGCAUAAACUAAACAAGCUAAAAUUAACAUAAAAUAUUUUAAAUAAAUAUUCAAUAGUAUAUGAAUGUUCUUAAUACAAAAUAUAUUAGUCUCAAAUACCUAUGUACAUUCAAAUAAGUUGUUAACGUAUGAUAUCAAAUUAGUUAAUACGCCUUCAAUAAACGAUUACAGUAACCAAUAGUA